AUGUCGAAUUCUUUAUAUGCCUACAAGAGACUGCUGAAAAGCACUCCAAAGGUCGAGCACUCUGCUGAUUUACAAGGCUCCAGCGUCUUCCAAAGCUACCUUGCCAAAGAAAAAUUCUAUUUUACUGAACUCUUCGUGAAUCCUGAGCUCCUAAAAGCUUUAGGACAAGCCAGUGACAGACAAGAUAAAUAUAAUCAGCUAUAUGGACAAUAUAGAGAUAUUUUAAGACUUUCUCAAGAACUAUUUGACCUUAAAGGCUAA